AUGCAAGAUAUACUCCAUUUUAUAUCAUUGUCGCAAGAAGAUAAUUUUACUAAAGAUCCUAUAAUCAAAGGAUUGCCUACACAUCCUGAAACACUGAUGGAAAAUGCAUCUGAUGAAAAUAACAUCAAACUUAUGGCAUUUCAAGACAUAGGGAGCAAUAAGCACAUUUAUUUCUUUAUUGCAUUAAUAGUUUAUCUUUUGAUCAUUCUAUUUAAUUGUUCAGUAAUUUUUACAAUUCUUCUGGACAAAGGCUUGCAUGAACCCAUGUACAUUUUUCUAUGCAAUUUACUCCUUAGUGAACUUGUUGGAUCUUCAAGCUUUUACAUAAAAUUCUUAUUUGAUAUUCAAACAGAUAUGCUGGUGAUUUCUCGCCCUGCUUGUUUUAUUCAGAGUUUUUUUAUUUCUCUUUACGUUUCAGUUGAAAUAUCAGUUUUAAUGGUUAUGGCUCAUGAUAGAUAUAUAGCAAUAAAUUUCCCUUUACACUAUUUUUGUUUAAUCUCAACUAGAAAAGUACAAAUUUUCAUUUUUGUUGCCUGGAUGUACUCUGUACUUGUGGUAACUACUAAAUAUUUAACAGUUCCUCCUCUUUUAAAUCCGUUAACCUACGGGAUCAUCUUACCUGGGAUACGGAAAAGAAUUAUUUACAUAGUUUCUUCGAAAAUGAAAUAA